AAAAGCGGCAGCGCUCAGUCUCUCCAGGUCACAGUGAGACAUACUCGCUCAGUGACGCAACAUACAAGGAUCUGGAGUAGGAUUCUGCAGGACUUGACAUCAUCCAGGGCCGCAUCGUUGGGCAAAUGACGCUGAAACCUGUUUGCCUUUUUUCCUCAUCCAGAUGAACACAUACGCGCUAGACUAUAUAACCAAGGCUCAGUAUCUGUGCUUGUUUGUCAUCCUAUGCUUUCACCUGGCAUUGGGUGGUGUUCCUGGUCCAUGCCGGCACUCGGUAACACAAGAGCACCUACGGAGCCUCAAUCGCCUGAUUGACAAUCAGUUGGACCACGGGUGUUUUAUAAUAUAUCCUUUCGCUGAACAUUUGAAUUUGAGCCAAAUCUGUUAUAUCAAAGCAGCGCUCCCUCAAGUACUUGAGCUUCUGAGAACACAUUUCCAUUAUAUUAGGAAUUCAGACAACAGACGAUAUGUCAACACCCUGGAAAAAGCCAUCUACCAUCUUUACUCCCAAGGAUGUAUAUCUGAAAUAAAUGAAGAGUUUGAGGACAGGCCAUCCAGGUUGAUAAGGAUGGCAGAAAGCUCUCCUAAGGAGGCACUGAAAAAAGCCAGACAUGUGAUCCAGACAUAUAUGACCCUGAUGACAGUAAGCACUCGUCCUGUGGACUGGAAUUGUCAAGCAGAAUAUUCUGCUGCCGAAGAUCAUUUAAGUCCAACACCAGUUGCUGUUACCAGUACCACAGGGGAGUCGGAUGGAGACCCCACACAGUGCUCAUCUUGUGCAUUACCAGACACUUCAGUGUGGAGUUAAGUUCUGACAGCAGUAUCCAAUGAGCAGAUGGAAGAACUGUGAUUUACACCUCUCCGAAGAACGGAUAAUCACAGCGUAAUGAGAAUGUGCUGUUGUGUCAAUGUUAGAAAAAAGCUAUACAUGCAUGUACAUACGUAUGUAUAAAA